AGGCGUCGCGCCUCCCCAAUCCUACAUAGCGGAGGUGAAAGUUCAGCAGUGCGCCUUGUAAAAUGGCGGCUGAAUUGACCAGAGAGUGGAGCGAUGAACAGCUAAAAAGUGAUGAUCUACCCAAAAAAGACAUUAUUAAGUUCAUUCAGGACAAUGCUGCCCAUUCGUUUCUUGCAGAACACAAGCUGAUGGGAAAUAUUAAGAAUGUUGCAAAAACGGCAAAGAAGGAGCAACUGAUUAUUGCAUACAACGAUUUGUUUGAGAGCAAGAGAUUUUUAGGUUCAGAACCCAUUGAAGAUGUGACGGAGCAUGUGAAAAAUGUGAAGAUCGAUGACAAGCCCAAAGAAGUUGUGGAAGUCGUUGAUGAGGGUCCUCCUAAGUUCUUCAAGUCUGUGCUGAAGAAAGGUGACAAGACUAACUUCCCUAAGAAGGGAGACAAUGUGAGCUGUUGGUACACUGGCUCCCUGGAGGAUGGCACAGUGUUCGACACCAACAUCCCUGCAACUGCCAGAAAGAAGAAACAGAGCAAGCCACUGAGCUUCAAAGUUGGCCUGGGCCGGGUCAUCAAAGGGUGGGAUGAAGGUAUCUUAACGAUGAGCAAAGGCGAGACAGCCAAACUGGAGAUUGAACCAGAAUGGGCCUAUGGGAAGAAGGGACUUCCUGAUUCAAAAAUCCCACCAAACGCAAAGCUGAUCUUCGAGGUCGAGCUGGUGGCCGUCGAUUAAUGGCAGAAACCUACCCAACAUGCCCUUCUCUCCGUGGACGGGGAAAACACGGUAGUCACUAGAUGGCUAUGCUCGAAAGGACAGAAGUGGUUGUAACAUUGUCAGAACAUUGAAGGAGUCUGUGAUAUAUUGUCUUAAUUUACAUUUAAUGGGAUGCUUUGUGAUUUUGGCAAUAAGGCUCUUUAUCUACUUCCCCAGAGUCAGAUUAACUUUUGGAUUCCAUUAUUUGUUUUUGUCUGUGUCCAGUAUGACGGAAGUUAAAGAUAGUUUCUCGAGCCACUGCUAACUAGUGUUGGCACAAUGACUGGAAUUCUAUGGGCAUCUACUAGAAUGCGUUUAACACUAGUUAGCAUUGGCUCGUGAAACGACAUAACUUCUUUCAUUUAUUUUAUUUAUUUUUAUUUCACCUUUAUUUAACCAGGUAGGCUAGUUGAGAACAAGUUCUCAUUUGCAACUGCGACCUGGCCAAGAUAAAGCAAAGCAGUUCGACACACAAAACAACAGAGUUACACAUGGAAUAAACAAACAUUCAAUCAAUAAUACAGUAGAAAAAUCUAUAUACAGCAUGUGCAAAUGAGGUAAGUUAAGAGAGGUAAGGCAAUAAAUAGGCCAUGGUGGCAAAGUAAUUACAAUAUAGCAAUUAAACACUGGAGUGGUUGGAUGACUGACACGGAGACAUAAAAAUGCUAUCCACCAGUUCAUCUGACUCAUUGCCAGAAUCCCGAAGUAACCCUUUUUUAAGGUUAGUCUGGUUGUUUGUCUUUUUCUGCUUAAGUCAAGUCCUUUUUAUCAUUGUUUUGGCAUAUUGUCUGAAGCAGGAACUGACCAGGGUUAUUUGUGAUGAGUUGAGAAGGUGCCAUGCUUCUGUUCUUUCCAACAUGGCUAGAUAGUGAUGACCGGACAACACUGUACAGAUGGGGCAUCCUGCCUGGCAGUUACACACCGCAGAGGAAAGCCUUCCUGUUUAUUCUUGUUCUUUUGCAUGCAUGUCCUUUUUAAAGAUUAAUAAACCAAUUUUGGAGACUAAAUUGA